GCGAGGCAGCGUCUGAGUGGGUCGUGCUCCGUACUCGUCCGAGCCCCGCGUAUCCAGAUCUCGCUCCCGGCGGCUACCCCGCUGCGAUGGCUCCGAAACAGGCCCCUAAGCCCGAGUUCCAGGAGGGCGAGCGCGUGCUGUGCUUCCACGGGCCGCUGCUCUACGAGGCCAAGUGCCUCAAGGUGGCCACGGAGGACAAGCAGGUGCGCUACCUGAUCCACUACAGCGGCUGGAACAAGAACUGGGACGAGUGGGUGCCCGAGAGUCGCGUACUGAAGUACUCGGAGGCCAACCUGCAGAAGCAGCGCGAGCUGCAGCGGGCCAACCAGGAGCACCAGUCCGAGGGCCGGGCGCGGUCGGUGGGCCCGGGCCGCAGGGGCGGCGGCCCGUCCUCGCUGCAGCAGCAGAAGCACGUGGAGACGCUCUUCCAGAAUAUUCGCAUUACGCCGCGUCCUUCGGCCGGGGCCGCCUCGGCCCGCAAGACCCGCAAGAGCAAGCAGAAGACGGGCGGGGGCGACGGCGGCAGGGCCGGCCCCAGCACGAGCGCGGCCCGGGGCUCCUCGCAGCCCCAGCAGCGGCGGCGCGGCCGCGGGGACCCCGCCUCCAAGAGCGAGGCGCCGGCCGCCGCGCGCCCCGAGCCCCGCGUGCAGAUCCCCGCCGAGCUGAAGCCGCUGCUGGUGCGCGACUGGGAGCUGGUGACCAAGCAGGGCCGGCUGUUCGCGCUGCCCGCCGUCCGCAACGUGGACGCCAUCCUGGCCGACUACUUGGCCUACAAGAAGGCGCAGGGCCGCGGCGACAGCACGGAGUACGCGGCCGACGAGCUGGUGGGGGGCAUCCGCUCCUACUUCAACGUGCUGCUGGGCACGCAGCUGCUGUACGAGGCCGAGCGGCCGCAGCACGGCCGGGUGGUGGCCGCGCACCCCGACGCGCCCAUGUCGCAGCUGUACGGCGCCCCGCACCUGCUGCGCCUCUUCGUGCGCAUGGGGGCCAUGCUGGCCUACACGGCCUUCGACGACAAGAGCCUGGCGCUGCUCUUCGGCUCCCUGCACGACUUCCUGCACUACCUGGCCCGGGAGCCCGCCGCCUUCCUGGACGAGGCCGAGUACAAGGAGGCCGCGCCGGGGCCGAGCCAGAGGGCGGCCUGAGCGCGGACGGCCCGCUGCCCCUCCCCGGAUGGCGUUGUGUGUCCUGCGGGACCGGG